AUGGCCUGCUUCAGAUGGAGACGAGAGAUGCGCGGGCGUAACAGACGCCUUCAUCGAAGAAAGCACGGCAACCGGCCACAGCGUGUCACUGAGAAGACGCUCGAGGGGAAACCUCGAUUCCCCUCCACGUUGUGUCCAGUGCCCCUCCGUCACAGGGCUCUCUUGGACCUGCAAAGAUGCAGGGAGGUGGCAAGAGAGUCUCCCAAAAGCCUGGGUUUCUGCCCCAAGCCACUGAGCAGAUGUUCAAGGGAUCUGAAAUGGAUUCAUUCAGCCCAACUGGCUCUGAAUGGAACUUGUCGAUAUCAGCACGCUGACGAAGUAGAUGAGGCCUGGAUAACGUCCCGCGGCAGAGACCCCAGCAACAGCCCCGAGUCGCUGCCCCCUGUGAUGCUCUCUGCACUUCCUUAUUUGAUCCUCAAGGCCAACUUCCACACCCACCUCGGUGGGUUUACCUGCCGUCGUUCGGAAAACCUGGGAGAAAUUACUACUGCUCUUCACGAGGAUAUUUGCUCCCCCGAGAUCUCCUUUGCCUUUAGCACGGGUGCAGGGGGCAAGAAUUGCACAGGAAAUCGUAUUUGGAGCAGUGAUAGAACAUCGGUAUAUGUCACUGACACGGUUUAUCUUCAUGUCUUUGUUUUGCUUUCCAGUCCAGGGAUAAUGAACAUUGCAACUAUUGACGUCUGCUUGAACAAGACGGGGACCAACCUCCGGACCGUGGUGUCCAGCGGCGAAGAGGAGGAGAAUCAAGCCUGGAACAUGUACAUGGAGAGGAAGAACGUGGUGCUCGAGUUCCUGCGCUCCGACCUCAGCCUCCACCUGCUCAAACGCCACCACAAGAGGAUCGAGCUCCUGCGAAGGUGCUCCUACUCCAUCGAGAUCUUGCCCAAGCACUUGGCCCUGGGCGAGCAGAACCACUUCAUGCUGCCCACGACCAUGUUCCAGCUGAUAGACCCGUGGCGCUUCCAGAGGAUGAAGAAGGUGGGGACCAUCCAAACCAAAAUCCAGCUGCUGCUCCUCUCGGAACUUUUGGAACAGCUGGAGAGAGGCCGCGAGGACCUGAUCCACUUUCUGGAGACCUAUGACAUGAUGACCUUCCUCUCGAGGUGGGAGGUCAUCAGGCGGCGGCUGUCGGAUCUCUCCGAGCAGAUGGACGAUUUCCUGGCCAUGCUGGUACCCGGCCGGUUGUACGUCAAGCACCGUCUGGUCUCCAACGUCGGGGUCACCAAAAUCCCGCACAUUAAGCUCGUCCUCGUCACAAAGAUGCCGGUGAUGUUCGACCGAAAGGAAUCAGUCGCCCACGAGGACUGGGUGUGUCUCAAGUGGUUCAUCAGCACACAGCAGCCGCAGCUGGAACAGUACGAACUCCACUUUAAGCUGCUGGAGCCCCGAGCGCCGCAAGAGAAGAUCCACUGCGGGGUCAUGGCCGUCGCCUCCAACUCGUGCGAAAUCCACAACCUGCUCCCGGACCGUUUGUACCGGUUCACCGUCAAGAGAGCAGAGACCUACACCCUCGUCUACGAACAGUGGCGUGAUUCCGUCACGCUGAAGACGAAGCCGUACCGUGAGGAAGGGGUGGAGAACACCAUGUCCGAGCCUCGCCUUUCCCACCUUAGCCACACACAAGGCAUGUAAAAUACAUCAGAUUAAAAAAAAACACUUAUUUUUAAAAGUUUGGCGUGAUGUUUUCUUC